GCCCGAAAGCUUUCGCCUGCUUCACUGUCGAACGCGAAUUACAGACGAGAGGUGGCCAAGAGAAGCGAUUCGGUUUAAGCCAAGAGCCACAGAAACUUGCAACACACAAAACACACGGACAUAAACACACACCCACACAGACACACCAGCCCCUAAAAACACAGUGCACAAAGUGAAGUUGUUACUCAAAACAAGUUUAUUAAACAAGAAGACCAGAAAAUAAGUGGACCAGCAUAAUAAAAAAGGAAAACAAAAGCAAGUGAUAAAAGCCAGUUGAGAGUGGAGUUCGAGUUUGAUUCAUUGAUUGACACAGCGAAGCAAUGCGUCUCGACACGAACUCAAAUGUGGACUUCAAGGCAUUCGAAUCCAGCUCCAACUCAUGUCUCAUCAAACUGGACAACCUGGCCACCUGGGGUGGCUCACAGAAAACAGACACACGGCUGCCGAUCACCGACUAUUCCAGUUUGGGCGGACCCCGCCACAAUCGCAGUCCGUUCCCUUUGUCCAAAGAUGUCAACAAUCGCUUUAUAAUUUGGGAUGGUGACAUGACCACUUUGGAGGUGGACGCCAUCACAAACACCAGCGAUGAGACUCUGACUGAAAGCAAUAGCAUAUCGGAGCGCAUCUUCGCCGUGGCUGGAAACCAGCUGCGAGAGGAGCUGAGCACUACUGUGAAGGAGUGCCGCACUGGGGAUGUGCGCAUCACGCGUGGAUACAAUCUGCCCGCUAAAUAUGUGCUGCAUACUGUGGCACCAGUGUACAGGGAGAAGUUCAAGACGGCGGCUGAAAACACACUGCAUUGUUGUUACAGAAAUGUUCUGUGCAAGGCGAAGGAACUGAAUCUUCACACCAUCGCUUUGUGCAACAUCAGUGCCCACCAGAAAAGCUUUCCAGCGGAUGUGGCCGCCCAUAUUGCCCUGCGUACCAUUCGCCGCUAUCUGGAUAAGUGCACGCUACAGGUUGUGAUACUGUGCGUGGCCAGCAGCGAACGUGGCACCUAUGAGGUCCUGGCCCCACUGUACUUCCCCCGGGAUCAGCUGGAGGAGCGCAGUGCCCUGUGGCAGCUGCCCAAGGAUAUUGGUGGAGAGUUCGGGGAGCCCCAGCAUCCGGAUCCCGAUCGCCAGAUACGCAUUAUACGCAAUCCCCAGCACAGUGUCCACAUGCGGCAUCGCCAGACCGACGACGAUUCCGACGUCAGUCCACACGAUAUGGAAGGCAAUAGUUCGGAUCUGGAGUAUGGAGCUCGGGACAUGAAUGGUCUUAGCCUAAAUUCCUAUAGCAGUGGCUUACAAGCCCAGCUGCAGCGCGACCUGGACCGGCAGCAUCUGCUAAGUGAUCGUCCACGUGCUGGGGUUUAUGAGAAUGUCAUAUCGGAGGGUGUGGAGGGAAUCGAGCAUCAGGAAAGGUAUGAACGUCUUUUACGUCGGGCCCAAGUGGAAGACUUGUCGGAGGUCUCGGGCAUUGGCUGCCUUUACCAGAGCGGCGUUGACCGCCUGGGCCGGCCUGUGAUUGUGUUCUGCGGAAAAUGGUUUCCCGCCCAGAACAUUGACCUUGAGAAGGCCUUGCUAUAUCUGAUUAAGCUACUGGAUCCCAUCGUUAAAGGAGACUAUGUCAUCUCGUACUUCCACACGCUGACAUCCACGAGCAACUAUCCAUCGCUUCACUGGCUCCGUGAGGUCUACAGUGUCUUGCCCUACAAAUACAAGAAAAACCUUAAGGCCUUCUAUAUUGUGCACCCCACGUUCUGGACUAAAAUGAUGACCUGGUGGUUCACCACUUUCAUGGCGCCAGCCAUCAAAGCCAAAGUGCAUUCGCUGCCGGGUGUGGAGCACCUAUACUCGGCCAUCACAAAGGAUCAGCUGGAAAUUCCCGCCUACAUCACUGAAUACGACAUGGCGACCAAUGGCCUGCAUUAUUUCAAUCCUGUGCCGACUGCCUCGUAGAUGGCGGCCAUUGUAGCUGUCUAGAGACAGUGAACAGCCACCAUAGCAUAUACUUAUAUAUAAUUAAAGAUAGUUACACACACUUGUGAAGUUUUUAUAGAUUUUAUAGAACGUAUUUUGUUUUCUUGAUAAGUAAUAUUUGUUUACUUGCGCAUAACUUUCGAUGUUGUCGUUUAUCGAUUGACUUGCCGCAAGUUUUGUUGAACAUUGUGUAGCAUACUUUUACGGGAGUGGCAGGGUCGCCCGAUCCCCUCGAAACCAAUUAGCUAAAUGAUAAAUCGGCAUAGCAAACAAGAAAGCAGUUAAAACAAAAGAAUAUAUUCUUAUGAAGUGCAUGAAAAUUAGUUAAUUAGUUGGCAGAACAACCAAACCUUGUUAAUUCGCUAAAAAAAAAAUAGUCGUUGGAUUAUUGGUAUUGGAGACGGUGAGGGUGGGGAAAGGACUCGUUGACGGGAUAA